AUGGAAAAAAACCAUGUUUUCCAAUUAAUAUUUUAUUCAAUUUUAAUUUUAAUUGUAAAUGUAAAUUCAAAUAAAAUUGAAUAUUCAUCAUAUAGUGAAGAUGAUAAAUCAAUAAAUAUAACACUUAUAACAAAUAUACAGGAUUUGGAAAUUUCAUAUUAUUAUAAUCCUAUUCAACAUUUAUCAAUUAUAAAAUCAAUUGAACCAAUACCAAUAAUUAGAAAUAAUAUACCAUUUAAAUGUGGAUAUCUAUUAGAUAAUAAAGGUUAUCAAAUUAAUCUUAUAAAUUUAAAAGAUGAUUUUGGAACAAAUGAUUUUUAUAAUAAUAUAAUUUGUAAUGCUACAUCUAAUAAAAUAACAGAGAAUAGUAUUCAAUUAAAAGGAAAUGAUAUAAAUACAACAUAUGAAUUCAUAUGCAUAGAUGAUAAUGAUAAUAUAAAUAAUAAUGACAAUAUAGAUAAUAUAGAUAAUUUAAAUAAUUAUAAAAAUAAUAAUAAUAAUAAUAGUAGUAGUAAUAAUAAUAGUAAUCGUAAUAAUAAUAAUAUAGAUAAUAUAGAUAAUAUAGAUAAUUUAAUUAUAAAUAGUAGUGACUAUCAUGGUGAUAGUAAUAAUAGUAAUAAUAGUAAUAAUAAUAAUAGUAAUGAAAUUGAUAAAUUUUUUUGUUUAAAAAAUGAUUUAUCAAAUCAUACUCUUUGUACAUAUAAUAGCAAAUACGCAUGUUUACAAUCAAUUAUUUUUAAUGUAACUAGAAUAAAAAGAGGAUUUUCUAUAAAUAAAAAUUUUAUUUCAUCCAAUCCAUUAAUUAAAAGAUCGAAUAUAAUUUCAAUUAAUGGUUUUUAUAAAUCAAUAUAUCUAGAAAGGAAAGAAAAAAAAAUUGUUGGAGAAAUUAAAUCAUUAAAUGGUAUUGUAACAUUAAGUGGUAUACCAUUUUUUAGGGAAAAAUUAAGUAAUUAUAGUUUUAUAAUGGGUGAUAAUAUAUUACCAAUUAGUGAAUAUUUUGAAAAUGAUUUUCAAUAUAGAGAAGAUGAUAAUGUAUUGAUAUCGAUGGAGACCAAUCAAACAAUUUUAAAUUUAACAAGAUAUUCUGAUAAUAUUUUAAAAGUUCAAUUAGAAGGUAUAGAAAUUAAAGAAUUUGAAAUCGAUACACAAAAUAAAAUGAUUUUAUCAAUUGAAGAAUUGAAUGACACUAAACAAUACAUUCAAAUAAAUUGUGAAGGUUGUAUUGGUGCACAAUUGAGAGGUUUAACUAUGGAUAUUGGACAAACUGUAAAUUCAACGAGUUUUAAAUUGUAUUAUGAUACUUUUACACUAUAUAGUCCCUUAUAUCUUCAAUCACCAAUUGCACCAUUUGAAACUUCAAAUCUAGUUAUAGUUAAACCAAUUUAUGAUUAUCCAAUAAAAGGUGAAGUUUUACAAUUAAAAUCAAAAAGAUAUAAAAAUCCAAUAAUCACUGUAUCUGGUUAUUAUUUACCUUCAAAUUAUGGUUUCUUUUUGUUCACUCCUGAAUUCUUAAUUCCUGGAGGAGCAAUUAUUCGAAGCUAUAUCAUAAAAUCAACUAAUAUAGGUAGUUAUUGGCAGCAUAGUAUUGAAUUGCCAGUGAAUCAAGGUAGUGGUGAAUUUAGACUUUAUAAAAAUAAUUUCAUAAUCAUUGAUGGUAAAGUAAAUAUAAUAAAUAAAACAGUCGAGAUUUUUCCUUUUAAGUUUGAUGAAAAACCAAUAGUAGAAAAUGGUGCUGGUUAUUUAACUAUAUCUGGUCAAAGCUUUAAUUAUUACCUUCCAGUUUUGACGAUCGAGGAAGAAACCUCUUGGAUUUGUGGAAAUAUAUCUAUUUUUCCUGACAUUGAUCAAUUAAUUUGUAAAGUUAAUAAACAUCCUAUUCAGGAUAGAUUCUAUAAUGUUGUCCUUAAAAAAAUUAUUAGUUAUAGAUCUUCAUAUAAUAGUGAACCAUUCCUAAUGAAUUAUUUACCAAGUGGUUGGAAAUGUCCAAAUAAUUGUAGUGGUAAUGGUCAUUGUGAUGGUUCAUUAAAUUGUAUUUGCGAUGAAGGAUUUUCAGGUUACGAUUGUUCAAUACUAAUUAAUCAAGUAUUAACCAAUGCCAAUUCACUACCAAUAUCAACAAAUCAACAAAGGUUGGGUUCUUUCUCAAUGACUGGUAAUCAUUUAAAUAAUAUGAAUUUUCAAAUCUCUUUAGUUGGUAUCAUUACUGAUAGUGAUACUAAUUUAGAAGCAGCUGAAACAUCUUUUAAAUAUUCAACAAAAAAUUCCAAUUCAGUUUAUUAUAAAGAUUCAGUUAAUGGUUUUACAUUGGAUGCUAAAAAUAGUAAUUAUUCAAUUUCGGCCACUGCUCAAUUCAAUCCAAAUGUAUAUUUAAAUAAUAGUAUAAAUUAUAAUGGAAUUUAUUUAGAUAAACUUUCAAAUAAUUCUGUAUAUUUAAAGGUUAAUCUUACAAUAGGUGAAUUAAACAAUAAAGAUAUACUAAAGGUUAUUUAUAAAGUUAAUUUAAAUGUUAAUAAUCAAAUUCUUGGAGAUUUAAAAAAAUCAGUUACUAUAUCUUCACCAAUUAAUAAUAAGAUUUUAAUUAAACAUUUAGACUCAUGUUCAUGUUUACAAAUUCAUCUUUCAAAUAGAUUUAUAAAUAAUGGAUCAAUUAAUGAUGGUUAUGCUUCAUUGGUUAAAAUGGAAUCAAUAACUGAACAAGAUAAUUCAAUUUAUUUUAGUAUUGAAAUUCCAAUUAAUAAUAAUAAUAUAAAUUCAACAUCAGGAGUUUCAUUGGAAGUUACUUCAAGUUUUAGUGUUUUUAAUGAAAUUAUAGUUUUUGAAAUUUUAGGUACAGAUGGUAAUUCUUUAAUAAUUUUUGGUAUUGUAGUUAGUUUGGUUCUAUUAUUUUAUUUAAUGUUUGGAUUUAAAAGAAAUUUAACCAAUGGUAUAUUAAAUGGUAAAACCAACUCAUUUGAAUUACUCCCAAUGAAUGGUGAUGAUUUAGGUGCUCCUGAUGAUGAUUGUUUUCCUGAGAAAGGCUACAUUUUUAAUCCUAAUGACAUUAAUGAUUCAACUCUUAGUGAUAUCUUGGUUAAUGAAUUCAUUGAGUCAAAAGCAACUUGUGAAACUGAUUAA